AUCGCUGUCACAGGGUGCCAAGUGUUGCAGUCCCGUCCGCAGUCUGCCUCAGCACCGCCCGCAAUGCCCUUGGACACCGCCGCCCCGCACACUCCCGCAGCGCCCUGACUGGCCGCGUCUCUCUCGGAGGUUUCCCUGGAUGUUACUUCAGUGCGCACUGUCCCGAGUCCUCUGCGCUGCGUGACGCGAAUGGAGAAGGUCCAAGGAUAACAAGAGGCUGCAGGGUUUCGCUGCUGCAGGAGACCUGCCGGCAGUCCGCUGGCCGGGGGAGGGCUGUCUGUCACAGUCUGCGGUCAUCCAUUUAUUUUGAUCACCUCCAAAACGCCUGUGCAUGGAUACAUCAUGGCUACGUUCAUGUGCAGGGUACAGUUCUUAGAUGAUACUGAUCCAUUCAACAGCACCAAUUUCCCCGAGCCCACCAGACCACCUCUGUACACUUUCAGGGAAGAUAUUCCUCUGAUCAAUCAGAUUGCUGGAGUCCACAGGCUGCUGAAAGCCCCACAGAAGCCUGACGACUGUGCCCUUCAGCUGUCCCAUAAUGGAAGCUACCUGGACUUGGAGUCUACCCUGGCAGAGCAGAGGGAUGAACUGGAGGGAUUUCAGGAGGAAGGAGGGAGAGGGAAGAAACACGGCAUCAUUCUCCGAACACAGCUGUCGGUCAGAGUUCACGCCUGCAUCGAAAAACUCUACAACUCAACUGGACGUGAGCUACGAAGAGCCCUCUUCUCCCUCAAGCAGAUUUUUCAGGAUGACAAGGACUUGGUGCACGAGUUUGUGGUGGAAGAGGGACUGACAUGUUUGAUAAAAGUGGGAGCCGAAGCCGACCAGAACUACCAGAACUACAUCCUCAGGGCUCUGGGACAGAUAAUGCUAUACGUGGACGGGAUGAACGGCCUAAUAUCUCACAAUGAAACGGUCCAGUGGCUUUACAGCCUGGUCGGAUCCAAGUUCCGUCUGGUGGUGAAGACGGCGCUGAAGCUGCUGCUGGUGUUUGUGGAGUACACAGAGUCGAAUGCCGCGCUGCUCAUAAAGGCUGUGAACGGUGUGGACGCCAAAAGAGCUACAAAGCUGUGGUCAAACGUCGUGGAGAUCCUCGACGAGAAGGAUGGAGUGGACACGGAGCUGCUGGUGUAUGCGAUGACUCUCAUCAAUAAGACUCUGGCAGGCCUCCCCGACCAGGACUCCUACUACGACAUGGUGGACUGUCUGGAGGAGCAGUGCAUCGAAACCAUGGCCCAGAGACACCUGAGCAGGAAGGGCACGGACCUCGACCUCAUAGAACAGUUCAACAUCUACGAGACGACAUUGCGCCAUGAGGAUGGUGACGACGAAGCCCAGCUGCCUCCCAGCGGCCGAAAGGACCGCCGACGGUCUAGCGUUGGCGGCACCAACGAAAGACGGGGCCUGGAGAGGAGACGCAGCCGGAGACAUUCGCUCCAGAACAGCAGAGGCCACGCCUCCGCCCCAGCAUCGCCCAGCAGCCCGCACACUCGUGCAGGCAGCUUCCUGCCAUUCGGUGGCCAAGGUGUUGAAGACAUCAGUGAAAGAGAAGAGGAAGAGGAGGAGGAAGAAGAAGAGGAGGAGGAGGAGGAGGAGGGAGAGGAGGAGGAGGAUGAGGAGGACGAGGAAGAGGCAGAUGAUGAAAGUCAUCCAGUCACUGAGUCCUCUAGACAGGGCGCUCACAGUGUGGCUCCGGCUGUAGCAGACACUUCUAUCAUGUGUUUGAACUUAAAGUGUAUGACCAUCCUCCCUAAAGCCAGUGACCCUGAAGGGCAGAGAGAUUAUCUCACCGUCAAGACCAGGACGUCCUCUCCUGUGUCCGUCGCACCUAAAAAGAGGACCUUUAGUCCUUGUCUGACAGAUACAAACGACUCUUCUCCAUCUUACUCAGCUAGAAAGCCUUGCUGGGCUGAAAGAAUCAAUGCCAAUGGCACUCCGUACCCCGGCAGGCACCAGUCUCCCGCAUCAGCCGCCCAUCGCUUGUCCAGUUCAGCGGCCUCCGCACCAGACCCCAAAACCGACAGACCCACUUUAGGGGGCUUGCUGACGUCGUCGUACCGACAGCAUCAAGAAUCGCUGGCUGCAGAGAGGGAACGGAGACGCCUGGAAAGAGAAGAGCGUCUGCAGAGAAUCGAAAGAGAGGAGAGGAAUCGCUUCAAUCGAAAUUAUGCAGACAAGCUGGAGGAAGUACGACAAGCCCGAGAAGAAAGGUACAAGGCUGUGGAGAGGUUAGCUGCAGAGGAGUUUGAGCGGGAGCGACCUCGAGCGCCAACACGCGGACGGACCGAGAUCACGUUGUGUUUGAGUUCCAAUCCCGCCAGCCGCUCUGCGUCCCGCUGUGUCACGCCUUCGUCCAUCAUCUCACAGGAAGACGCCGUCACCACUGCACCGUCGGGAACAGACCACAUCUCAGAGCCAAACCUUGACCCACAGACAAGGACCAAAAGUCCAGCGCCAGAAUUAACAGUAUCAGGAGCUCCCCCCACACCUCCCUCCUCCGAGCCAGAGAAGCAGCAGACUGAGACAGAGACGCCGGCAGAGACGAAGGAUGUUGCUGAGUCUCACCAGAAUGUAGUGGCAGAGCCGGCGUCAGAUGAACAGUCCGGCAUGGAGAGAGAGGAGAGACCGGAGCAAGAGAAGCCUGAGGAGCAGGAACAGUGCAGGGAUGAGGCAGAGGUGCAAGAGCAGGUAGAAGAAGCGGAGGUAGAGGAAGCGGUGGUAGAAGAAGCGGAGGUAGAAGAAGCAGAGGUAGAGGAAGCGGAGGUAGAAGAAGCGGAGGUAGCAGACGUAGCAGAGGUGGGAGAGACAGAUGUGGAGGUGGAUGUGGAGUUAGGGGAGGAGUGUGAGAAGGAGCAGCCGAUGGAAAGGGAUGUAGAAGAUAGAGUACUGCUGAGUGAGAAGGAGAGACAGAAUGAGGAGGUGAAUGAAAAAGACAACUGCUCUGCAUCCAGCAUCUCCUCAACGAGUAGCACUCUGGAGAGAGAGGAGCGGGAGGAGAAGCUCAGCAGUGAUAUCGACGCAGGCCAAUGGACUCAGUGCAUUAAAGAUGCAGAUGUGAACGACCAGUGCAACAAAAUUCUCAACAGCAAGCGCUUCAUGCUGGACAUGCUCUACGCUCAGACGACGGCCAACGUGGAUGAGGAGAAUGUUGGUGAGACAGAGAAAGAGAAAUGUCAGUGCGAGAAGGAGACGGAGCUCAGUGACUCCGCGGUGACUAGUUUGGCCAGCAGGAUCUCCACCCUGGAGGCUCACAGACAGGCCAGAGAGGAAAAUGUGAAAAAGAUGGAGGUGGGACAUCUGGACAACCAGGGCAGUGUCCGAGCAGUGGCGGAGAAGUUUGGAGAUUUGGUCAAAGGGUUGGCUUCUCCAGAGGUGGAGGCCUCAAAGGAGCAGCAGCAGCAGCAGACGGACAAAUCCUCGUCGACCGCUGCCUCAUCAGCUUUACCUCCAAAGAAAGAGUCGGAUUAUAUCUGGGAUCAGCUGAUGGCGUCUCCCAGGGAGCUGCGGAUCAAAGAAAUUGACUUCACGGACCUGAGGGACGAGGACGACCUGGACAUUUUAGAUAUGGACACUAUUAUGGGGUCAAGUGACCUGAUACCACCGCCUCCCCCUCCUCUGUGCAACGCUGCCCUGCCACCACCCCCGCCGCUGUUUGGUUGCCCACCGCCUCCCCCCAUGCUUGGCAAAAUGAUGCCGCCGCCCCCACCGUUCAUGAUCCCUAUCCCUCCGCCCUCCCCUCAGCUCAGUCGAGGGGAGGUGCCUCUCUUCCAGAAGAAGAAGAAGACCAUCCGUCUCUUCUGGAAUGAGGUUCGUCCUGUGGACUGGCAGUGUAAGAGCCAUAAAUUCUGUAAGGAGUCCCUCUGGUCCAAACUGGAGCCAAUUAAACUGGACACGUCCAAACUGGAGCAGCUGUUUGAGUCUAAAUCCAAGGAGCUGCCUGUCACGAAGAAAGCAGCUGUUGAUGGCAAACGACAAGAAAUCAUCGUCCUGGAUUCGAAACGGAGCAACGCCAUAAACAUCGGCCUGACUGUCUUACCUCCUCCCCGCACCAUCAAGACUGCCAUCCUCAACUUCGAUGAGUACGCACUAAACAAGGAGGGAAUUGAGAAAAUCCUGACGAUGAUCCCCACAGAGGAGGAGAAGCAGAGGAUCCAGGAGGCUCAGCUGGUCAACCCUGAUAUUCCCCUGGGCAGCGCUGAGCAGUUCCUCCUCACCCUCUCCUCCAUCACAGAGCUGUCUGCUCGCCUGCAGCUGUGGGCAUUCAAGAUGGAUUAUGAGCUUAUAGAGAAGGAAGUGGCCGAGCCUCUACAGGACCUGAAGGAAGGGAUGGACCAGUUAGAGAAAAACAAGACACUCCGCUACAUCUUGACCACACUGCUGGCCAUCGGCAAUUUCCUCAACGGCACCAGUGCUAAAGGUUUUGAGCUGAGCUACUUGGAGAAAGUGCCAGAGGUGAAGGACACGGUUCACAAGCAGUCUCUGCUGCACCACGCCUGCGCCAUCGUGGUGGAGAAGUUUCCCGACAGCACUGACCUCUACUCAGAGAUAGGAGCCAUCACCCGAUUGACAAAGGUGGACUCUGACCAACUCCAAGACAACCUAACCCAGAUGGAGCGAAGGUGCAAAGCAUCAUGGGAUCACCUCAAGGUCAUUGCAAAACACGAGAUGAAACCAGCGUUGAAACAAAAAAUGUCAGACUUCGUCAAAGACUGCGCCGAGAGAAUUAUCAUCCUGAAGAUUGUACAUCGGAGAAUCAUCAACAGGUUUCAUGCCUUCCUGCUGUUCCUGGGCCAUCCAAUAUAUGCGGUACGUGAGGUCAGCAUUCAUCGCUUCAGCAAAAUCCUGAGCGAGUUUGCCCUGGAGUAUCGCACAACAAGAGAACGUGUGCUGCAGCAGAAACAGAAGAGGGCCAACCACCGAGAGAGGAACAAGACCAGGGGGAAAAUGAUAACAGAUAGUGGUAAAUUUGGCAGCUCCCCGUCAGAUGCACAGGAGAGCCAGCCUCAGGGUAUCCAGUGUGCUGAAGACGCAGCUGAACAUGAGAACAUGAAGGCCGUGCUGAAGAGCAGCCUGUCGGAAGGAGGGAGCGGGACGUCCACGGUGCCGGGCCUCCGCACACGCACCAGAGCAGCCACCGUCAGAGGGCGUGUUGCACCAUGGUGCUCUGCCACUGACGACCCAGUCAACUGCACAGACGACACGGCUGAUGAGAUCAUGGAGAGGAUUGUCAGGUCGGCCACUCAGGGGCCCAGCCAGCGGACGCAACCUCGAGAGAGGAGACGAUCUCGCGUCAACCGAAAAUCACUGAGACGGACACUGAAGAACGGUUUGACGACGGAGGAGGCCAGCGCUCUGGGCUUGUCCAGUGGUUCGGAGAUGCAGGUAUGAGAUGGGCCUGGAUCCCAUUGGACAUUAAGAUGCCUGGAAUCCCUUUUACUGCCCCCUCCAAUGCCCACCACCAACCUGCCAACCCUCUGCUCCCUGACUUGGCACUUAUUCCCCGUAGCUUUGAUGAGUUGAUCUCAUUUUUUUUUUUGCCUUUGGUUUACAUAGGCUUGACGCAAGUGCUUCCUGAGGAGAGUGGACAGAAGGCUGAACCAAGAUUUUAUUCACGAGCCUGCAGGGCGGAGGGAGCAAAAACAGAGCGCCGCAUUCAAACCACCGAGCUUUGCUGUUGCUGGAUAAACAUCGUCGAUCUGCACUCACAAGGCGUAAUCACCAUCAUCCUUCGAACGUGACAUCGCUCACAAACACCCGCGCUUAAAGUGUAUUUUUUAAGGACAAGGUCAUGAAAAAAGUUGGCAGGGCGUGAGCUUCUAUCUCCGUGGCCUUGACUGAAUCAGGAGGGCUGAGAGUGUGGUGCAGACUCUUCACUGACUCGGGUUUAGUGUCGGCCCCGCAGCUUUAGCAUCAAAAUGAAUCGAAAGACGCUUUCAUCUAUCGAAUAGAUGGAUUUGUGCAGAGCUAUUCUGUUAGAUACUACUGUGGUAGUUUUGUGUUUCUGUUCCGUGUUGCUCAAGAAGGUGCUCAAAUAAGAAACAAAUUGCACUGGAUGGGAAAGUAUCAAUGGAAUGUGAAAUCCUUUGACACUGAUGAACCACUCUGACAUCUGAAUCUGAAAAUACACUCAACUAUUUUACCAGCAAUCUAACAGUAGCACAGUUUUUAAAUCAUAUGAAUCAAAGUCGACAGGUUCAAGGCAGAAGUGUGUUAGUUCACCGGCUGAGAAGGAAUUUACCAGAGAAACGAUGCAAGUACUCUUUGAGGAGAAAGAGACGGUUGCUGUGGUGUAACGGCUCAUCUCAAGACUAAUGCUUGUCUCAAACAUUUUUAGUUAGAAGUUACAUCACGUGACCUUCUCUCACUGACGGUUGGGGACAGGUUGAGUUUGGGGCACAAUGUUACAGGUGAGCAACCUUCAUAAGUUAUGUUGUUUUAUUUUCUUAGAAACUAUGAGCUGCACAUUUCAGAGUGCCUUUAAAAGACCGUUAUUUAUUAAGAUGUUUUCAGGGAAAUAAAAAAAAAUAAAAAAAAUCAAGGAGAUGUUACUACAAAUGUGCAGUCUGUGAGGGGUGAGACCAUCAUGUUGCAAUCAUCCAUGAGCUGUGAUUUAUUUUUAAACCAGUGUUUUUAAAACUUGUCCUGACAAGAAUUUCUGUUUUUCUUUUUCUUUUCACGUUAUCUCUUGGAUCAAAUAGUUGUGUUAUGAAGAUAGCUUUAACGUAUUUAUGACAACUUAGGGUUGGUUAUGCACAUGUAGCUGUAUCCUGUGGCCUUACUGUAGAAUAUUGGCGUGUGUUGUUCCACUCUAGUCGAGCUCUAGGUACAAAUGUUACAGUAAAAAUGUUACAGUAAAAAAAAAAAAUAGAUCAGGCCAAAUUAACGUGUAGUUCACUGGAGAUCUCAGUUUGUCAUGUAGAGUAUUCUUUCAUUAUUUAACUAUGAAUGUGAACAUCAGGGGUUACAUGAUAAUCAGUAAUAUGGGCGCACAGUAAAAUCUAAUUUAUCUACGUUCAAACGUGUUUAGAAGUGAAUAAGGAGCCUGCAGUUCAAACUUUUCAUUGUGUGUUUGAACUAGCGAUGUGCUUUUAAUUUGGAAUGGCCUUGGUUACACUAUAACACGCUUCCUUAAGCUCAAUAUUAUGGCUUGUAAUUUGCAAAGUUAACUCAUCCACUCGCAAAUUUUUGUGAUGGAAACAUAGCCAUUAAGAGGAAACUAGCGCAACACCAUGCUAAAGCUACAAGAAAGAAAACACACACCAGCAGUACGUUGUUUUUGUUUCAUUUAGAUUUUACUGAAAACUAUUCAGCACCUUAGACUCAAUGUGUAGCAUGCAACGUAGACCUGAAGUUACGAGGGAGGGGCUCAUUGUGUUUUCCCAGAUUGUACUGACGUUUGUCAAAAACGAGACACAGUAGAUGUGUAAAGUAAUAAAGGGCAAUGCUGUAAAAUGAUGUACAUGUCAUGGCGAUGUCUUUAUGUUCUUGUUUGUUUGUUUUUUGCUCCAUGUGUAGAAUAGUGUAUUAUAGACUAAAAGCAGUAUUAUUCUAAAUAUAAUUUAAGGUGGUUUAAAAAGGUGUCACUUCUGCUUGAUACAAAGGGAGGUUCACUGUGGUCGUCGGAGCUGUAGGGUUUGUGUGCGUGUUGAUGAAAACUUUGUACUUCACAGACUGAUUUUAAAUUUACCAGCUACUCCUGUGGAAUCCCUUGGAAGCCUUUUGAUUACGUUGCACCCAUCGUUUUUUUCUUUUCAUUUAAUGUUCGCUAACCACACACACACACACACACAAACAAACACACACACGUCGCUGCCUGUGCCAUAACAUCACUGUGGAACUUGGGACACGAGCACUACACAAACAAGGCUUCCGUUGCAUCUUUGUGCCCACAGCAAAAACUAUGUAACAACUACAAUAAAAAGGCUCAUUAAAACGUA